CCCUCCAUUCCACAGAAAACCCUCCCCUCCCUGCUGUGCGUGACGCGGGCUCCCUCUGCACACAGUGCAUGAAGACGCUGUCAGGAGAGCCCAGGAUUCAACACGGGCCUUGAGAAAUGUGGCUCUUGUACCUCCUGGUGCCGGCCCUGUUCUGCAGGGCAGGAGGCUCCAUUCCCAUCCCUCAGAAGUUAUUUGGGGAGGUGACUUCCCCUCUGUUCCCCAAGCCUUACCCCAACAGCUUUGAAACAACCACUGUGAUCACAGUCCCCACGGGAUACAGGGUGAAGCUCAUCUUCCAGCACUUUGACCUGGAGCCUUCUGAAGGCUGCUUCUAUGACUAUGUCAAGAUCUCUGCUGAUAAGAAAAACCUGGGGAGGUUCUGUGGGCAACUGGGUUCUCCACUGGGCAACCCCCCAGGAAAGAAGGAAUUUAUGUCCCAAGGGAACAAGAUGCUGCUGACCUUCCACACGGACUUCUCCAACGAGGAAAAUGGGACCAUCAUGUUCUACAAGGGCUUCCUGGCCUACUACCAAGCUGUGGACCUUGAUGAAUGUGCUUCCCAGAGCAAAUCAGGGGAGAAGGACCCCCAGCCCCAGUGCCAGCACUUGUGUCACAACUACGUUGGAGGCUACUUCUGUUCCUGCCGUCCAGGCUAUGAGCUUCAGAAGGACAGGCAUUCCUGCCAAGCUGAGUGCAGCAGCGAGCUGUACACGGAGGCAUCGGGCUACAUCUCCAGCCUGGAGUAUCCCCGGUCCUACCCCCCUGACCUGCGCUGCAACUACAGCAUCCGGGUGGAGCGGGGCCUCACCCUGCACCUCAAGUUCCUAGAGCCUUUUGAAAUUGAUGACCACCAGCAAGUACAUUGCCCCUAUGACCAGCUGCAGAUCUAUGCCAACGGGAAGAACAUUGGCGAGUUCUGUGGGAAGCAAAGACCCCCCGACCUUGACACCAGCAGCAAUGCUGUGGAUCUGCUGUUCUUCACAGAUGAGUCAGGGGACAGCCGGGGCUGGAAGCUGCGCUACACCACCGAGAUCAUCAAGUGUCCCCAGCCCAAGACCCUAGACGAGUUCACCGUCAUCCAGAACCUGCAGCCUCAGUACCAGUUCCGUGACUACUUCAUUGCUACCUGCAAGCUAGGCUACCAGCUCAUAGAGGGGAACCAGGUGCUGCACUCCUUCACAGCUGUCUGCCAGGAUGAUGGCACAUGGCAUCGUGCCAUGCCCAGAUGCAAGAUCAAGGACUGUGGGCAGCCCCGAAACCUGCCUAAUGGUGCCUUCCGUUACACCACCACAAUGGGGGUGAACACCUACAAGGCACGUAUCCAGUACUACUGCCACGAGCCAUAUUACAAGAUGCAGACCAGAGCUGGCAGCAAGGAGUCUGAGCAAGGGGUGUACACCUGCACAGCACAGGGCAUUUGGAAGAAUGAACAGAAGGGAGAGAAGAUUCCUCGGUGCUUGCCAGUGUGUGGGAAGCCCGUGCACCCUGUGGAACAGAGGCAGCGCAUCAUCGGAGGGCAUAAAGCCAAGAUGGGCAACUUCCCCUGGCAGGUGUUCACCAACAUCCACGGGCGCGGGGGCGGAGCCCUGCUGGGGGACCGCUGGAUCCUCACGGCUGCCCACACCCUGUAUCCCAAGGAACACGAGGCACAAAGCAAUGCCUCCUUGGAUGUGUUCCUGGGCCACACAAAUGUGGAAGAGCUCAUGAAGCUGGCAAAUCACCCCAUCCGCAGGGUCAGCAUCCACCCGGACUACCGUCAGGAUGAGUCCCACAAUUUUGAGGGGGACAUCGCCCUGCUGGAGCUGGAAAAUAGUGUCACCCUGGGUCCCAACCUCCUCCCCAUCUGCCUCCCUGACAACGAGACCUUCUAUGACCUGGGCUUGAUGGGCUAUGUCAGUGGCUUUGGGGUCAUGGAGGAGAAGAUUGCUCAUGACCUCAGGUUUGUCCGUCUGCCCGUAGCUAAUCGAGAGGACUGUGAGACCUGGCUCCGGGGAAAGAAUAGGAUGGAUGUGUUCUCUCAAAACAUGUUCUGUGCUGGGCACCCAUCUCUAAAACAGGAUGCCUGCCAGGGGGAUAGUGGGGGCGUUUUUGCAGUAAGGGACCCGAACACUGAUCGCUGGAUGGCAACAGGCAUCGUGUCCUGGGGCAUCGGGUGCAGCAAGGGCUAUGGCUUCUACACCAAAGUGCUCAACUACGUGGAUUGGAUCAAGAAAGAGAUGGAGGAAGAGGACUGAGCCCAGAAUUCGCUAGGUCCAAAUCCAGAGAGCAGUGCAAAAAAAAAAAAAAAAAAAAAAACUGACCAGUUGUUGAUAACCACUAAGAGUCUCUAUUAAAAUCACUGAUGCAGAAA